GACGGCCAGAGUCAACACAGUCAGCACGAACACGGACUCCUGCAGGUCAGCCAUGUUAGCGAUUCCAGUCUGGCUGUUGUUGUGAAGUAAACACCUCGGCACUGAUGUCAUUAAUGGAUUACUCUUUGAUUAUUCCUUGACGUGCCCCCGCGGCUCCGUGCGCCACUGGCACUCCGGUCAGAAGUGGGUCGGCUCGGCAUUAGCGGGUGUGAAGCUUGUAGUCUGCGUGUUGGUUCAGUAAUAAGGCUGUCUGUCUGCCUGUGUUGAAUGGUUACAGUGGGUAAGCCCUCUUACCUUCUCCCUUGUCCUCCUGUCCUUAUCUAAACAACUGGAAGCUUUCCACCCACAUAACAUGGCAGAGGCCCCAGCAUUUACCUCCACUGACGAUGGUCUGCCUGUGCAGUGGAAACUUUCCAAUCGACGCAGCAGGAAGCCUGGGUGCUCCAAUAUCUUUACAGGGGUCAACUUGCACCAGUUGCACAGGUUGUUCAGAACAGCAGGAGACAGAGAUGCUGAACAUCGGGCAAACCUAGUGUGGCGAGGGAUGGAUACAGAUAUGAAAGGAGCAGAGGAGGAGAGAGGGGAUGAAGCAGGACUCGCCCAGGCCUUAGUGGGGCUCAGAGUCCGAACAAGGAAUAAAGCGGGUAUCAGAGUUGAAGGACACAGAGACCACAAGUGGCUCAGAGCAUCAGGAUAUCACAGGAUUGAGGAGCCUUUAUCUGACUACACUGUUGAGGAUGAGGAGGCCGACCUAGCGCCAAGUCCAGGAGAAUUCCUGUUGACCAGUGAGGAAGAAAUCCCAAAGAACCAAAAUCCUUUCAAACCCCCUUCAUGGAGGUUGGGUGUGGCAAGGCAGGAUGGUGCCAGAGACUCUGAAUGCUACCUUCACCGCAUUCUCCACUAAAAGCUGAUUGGAGUUUGAGAUAACACACAGUGGUAGAAGAAGCAGUGAAAUCAUGAAAUACAGGACUAAUUUUGCAUGAAAUGACACAAUGUAUUCCUACUUUUAGCACCUUCUGCUAACAUGUACGCUACAUGUUAGACCCAAGCACAAAAACAUACCAGUAAACCUGCUCUGGGAUCGGUCCAACUAUUAUAGGUAAUUCAAACACAGGCAUGUUGGCUGUAGAUUAGCACAAUCAAAAGAAGAAGUAAACCAUUUAUUCUUGAACAGAAAUGGGCUGUUGUAUAAUGAAAUAAAACUUCUGAUGUACGUACAUUGU